UGCGUGUUCCCUCAAGUCUAUGGAGGACCUGGACUCGGUCUCCCGCCUUUCUGCAGUCACCCCAGUGGAGAGUCGAUAGGGACGGUGAGAGUGGGUGCCUGCCCACGGAAGGUGCGGACAGGAUAUAAACAUUGAGGAUUGCAGGAUGGCCAACUCGACGCGCAUCAUCUGCAGUCUCCUGUUCAUCCUCGGCUUUCUGUCCUCUCUCGGGGAGUCCAAAAGAAACCGAGGCUCCCAGGGCGCCAUUCCCCAUCCGGACAAAAACAACCCCAACGAAUCCGAGCGACAGCAAGCGGGCUCCGGUCCCCGCCAGAGACACGGCUCGUCCUCCCCCGCCGACGAGGUGCUGGAGUCCAGCCAGGAGGCGUUACACGUAACCGAGCGCCAGUAUUUGAAACGGGACUGGUGCAAGACGCAGCCCCUCAAGCAGACCAUCCACGAAGAGGGCUGCAUCAGCCGCACCAUCAUCAACCGCUUCUGCUACGGACAGUGUAACUCCUUCUACAUCCCCAGGCACAUCCGCAGGGAGGAGGGCGCCUUCCAGUCGUGCUCCUUCUGCAAACCCAAACGCUUCACCACCAUGACUUUCACUUUGAACUGCCCCGACCAACAGCCGCCCACCAAGAAGAAACGCAUCCAACGCGUCAAGCAGUGCCGCUGUAUAUCCAUAGAGCUGGACUAGCGCUCCAUCCUUUUUUUCUCCUUUUGCACAGCAAACACGGACAUGCUUCAUUAAAACUAUCAUGUAAGUGCAAAUGACAUUUUCUUUGUAAAUAUUCACACUUUUAAGUUGCAAUGAAGGAAAGGAAUGAGCAAGUUUCACGCACCAACAUUGUUUCCACUGUGUGGAAUUGGAAGGAUCAAUAGUAAUGGACGUUUGGACAUGAAAAAUGUUAUUAAAAAAAACAACAACUUAGAUCUAAAUAAUAUUUUUUUAAUGUCAGUGAAUUAGUCAGUGAUGUUCUUUGGGUGCAUGUAAGACACACAAUACUUUAAAAAAAAAUGUUAAG